AGGCAACCUCAGUGCACAGACAGCCCUCAAAGGCAAAUACUUCAGGUGCCGGAUAGACACUCAAAAUACUGGUUUUAUUUAACUCUUUAAAAGCUAUGUCUGAGAAGAAGUCUGAAAAAAGUUUGUGUUUGCUGGCAUCUAUUUCCUGAAGACAUAAAUACAGCCAACCCGUUGUGUUUCUAUUAAGCAGGAUGCCUCAAAAGAAGGUAAGGAACUGCACGGGAGCUCUGCUUCUUCUCCUAUGCUGGUUUGAUGGCCAGGCCCUUGGAGAGAUCAGCAACGACUUCUCCAAUUGUCUUGAUUUCUUCUACAAUGAAACCCCACCAACAGGUGUUGAUGCAACAGGAUACCAGCCAAUAUGCCAGCGUUAUAAGAACCAGUACCACUUUGCCAGUCUUUAUCAUCGCCAGAGUCGUGCACCGCUGUACUCUGCGUACAGUCUCGGUCUUGCAGAUGGAAAACGGCCCAAUGCUAACUGGAAGUACGAGCCACAGUUGGUGUUUUCCCGUGCCAGCUCAGAGAUGGCACCCUUCAAGUUUGCUACCACCAUGGAUCAGAAUGUGAUUGAGAGCCAGGCGAUGUCUGACGACUACAGGAACUCCAACUUCACAAGGGGGCAUCUCAAUCCCAGCAUGCACCAGAAGACAAAAGAAAACCGUGAGGCCACCUUCACCCUGACAAACACAGUCCCUCAGCGUGCGGGCUCCAACAGUGGCUCAUGGAACACUCUGGAGACUGAAGUGCUAAAAAAAUUCAAGGCCUUCUGCAAUGGGUCAAUGCAUGUGAUCACCGGAGUCUUGCCUUAUGAGUCUGAACUCCACUGGAUCAAUAACAGGGUGUCUGUUCCUGAGUACAUGUGGUCUGCCUACUGCUGCCCAUCAUACAGAUCUGACCUUCCUGCCUAUAUGCAGUCCUUCUUCCCCACACAUGCUGCAGUGGGAAGAAACAACCCGAAUAGUGGGGAGGAGAUUGUGCCAGUUGACGUCAAGGUAAAAGCCUCGAAGAGGGGCUAUGAUGUGAGGCGCAUGUCUUUAGAGACUCUGGAGGGCAUCCUGGCACAAAGGCUGGCCAUGUCAGUCAGUCUGUUUCAUGGGCAGUGUCAGUAGAAAUGCUUAGGUGCUUGCUGCUAUAGGUGUGCACUGCAGAAAUAAUCAUGUAGAGCACAUCUCUUCAUAUUUAAUUACCGAAUUAGUGUUUCAUUAAUCAGGGCAUUAUAAUUGUAUCGUAAAAAGUGUUUUUCGAUUAUUAGGGUUUGGUCAUAAUAAUAGUUUCCCCUUUUGAUAAUGUCAUCCUGUAACACCAUCUACUACAGACCUCAUGAUUGUACUAAUAAAAGCAGAUUGAAAUGGA